UUGAACUUUUAGAAAGGGUUUGUUGUCCUUAGAGACAAGUGCUUUGAAGAUAACUGGAAAAGUGUAUCUCAUCCUUUUGCUUCGUGGACACUGUAAACUAGCAAAAUACCACCAAAAAAGGACUCCUACAUCCGUGUCCGUAGCGGAAAAAUGUCUACGGAGGAUGCAAAGUCAUAUCUGUCGAAGCGGGAGAUUCCCAGGCUUUUCGAGAGUCUUAUGACAGGUCUAAUGUAUCAUAGACCCCAGGAUCACAUCAAGUAUCUGAUUGAUUGCCUGGAGAAAGUCAAGGACAAAGGCCAUCAAAAUGUUACAUGGAGUUCAUUCGUGGAUAUUCGCAGAGCAAAAACACCACUGCCACCUAUUGAUCAAAAUGGCCAGAAGAGACCAGGGUCAAGGCCAAGGUCAAGACCUUCAUCUCGAGCAAAAACACCAGUUAAAAUAGAUCCGGAACCGUUAGAGACUAGAAAGGGAUCCCCAUUACCUCCCAUCUCCAAAUCUCCCCCUCCAGCAAAAGGCAUCCUCCCAAAUGUCCCAGUUACACUCAUCAUGGGUGGUCCUGGAAGUGGAAAAUUGACUCAAUCGAAAAAACUGUUAGCGAAAAACCCUGGCUGGGUUCAUCUUUCUAUGGGGGAUAUUCUCAAAGCAGAGAUUGCCAAUAAAGGAACAGCUGGAGACAAAUGGGGCAUGAUUGGGGACCUGGUAUCCCAGGGAGAAAUGGCACCAGAGGAUGUUACUGCAGAAUUGAUGCUGACCAACAUGAAGAAACAUCCGGAGGCCAAAGGAUUUAUCAUUGAAGGUUACCCCAGGACAAGCACACAGCUGGAGGAGUUCGAGAAAGAGAUUGGACGACUGGACCUGGCAAUGAUGAUCGACUGUGAGGAGUAUUACUGCACUCAGAGACUAUUGAAAAGGGGUGCAGAGAAGGGCAAAAUUGAUGACAAUCUUGCUGCCAUCAGCAAACGUAUCUCAUUCUUCAAGGAAAACACACUGCCUGUUUGUAAAUACUUUGAUGAUUUGGGAAAACUUGCUGUUGUUGAUGGUGACAGAGAUAUUGAUGAAAUUGCUUUCAACUUAGGACAAAUUUUCAAGAUGGCACUUAAAAGGAAUUUCAAAAUGCCAGAACCAAAAAGCAAACCUGUCAGACCAAAAGCCCCAGAAAAACCAACAACACCUGAUUCCAAGAAACCACAGAAGGAGAAAUCUGUGGUGUUUGAAGAUGAAGCUGUGGUGCCUCCACCUCCCACCAUCGUCAACAAAGAUGAGGGCAGGAAACCAGGGGUCCCUGAAGCCCCCAUUAUUUUAUUGGCAGGAGGGCCUGGAAGUGGGAGGGGAACGCAGGCAAAGAAAAUUCUGGCAAAAUACAAGAAUGUGGUUCACUUAUCCAUGGGAGAUAUUCUGAGGUCAGAAAUAGCAACAAAAGGCACAGCCGAUGACAAAUGGAAUAUGAUUGGAUCAUUGGUUUCCAAAGGAGAAAUGGCACCCCAAGAAGUAACAGCAGAGUUAAUUCUUGAAAACAUAAAGAAACACCCGAAUGCAGAAGCAUACCUUCUAGAAGGUUAUCCUCGGGACAAAGAACAAGUAGAGGAAUUCAAUAAAAAUAUCGGUGGAGUGAAGUUUAUGUUAUUGUUGGACUGUGAGGAGUACUACAUGCAGAGGCGAUUACUCGACCGAGGAAAAGCCACGCAGAGAAUCGACGAUAACAUUAAUGCAAUCCAAAAUAGAAUCACUUUCUUCAAAAACCACACCCUUCCAGUUUUUAAACACUAUGAUGAUCAAGGAAAACUAGUUGUUGUAAAUGGUGACCGAGAUUCUGCUGAAAUAUUUUUUGAAAUUGGCUUAGUGCUAGACUUUGCUCUUUAUGGAAAAAAGGCAGGAAAAAAGAGCAAAAAAGAAAAAGUGGAUCUUGGCAGUGUCAAUGUAGUCUUCGUUGUAGGAGGACCUGGUUCAGGAAAAGGUACACAAUGUGAGAAAAUCGUCCAAAAAUAUGGCUUUACUCAUCUAUCUACAGGAGAUCUUCUCAGGGCAGAGGUCAAAUCGGGGUCACCAAGGGGGAAGAACUUGGUAGAUAUUAUGGAGAAAGGCGAACUCGUGCCAAUGGAAACAGUUUUAGAACUUCUGAGAGAAAACAUUGCUGCAAAAGCAAGCGCAAGCAAAGGAUUCCUGAUCGAUGGCUAUCCAAGAGAAAUGGACCAAGGAAUCAAGUUUGAAGAACAGAUUACCACACCAAAAUGUGUCCUUUAUUUUGAUGUGUCAGAUGACACAAUGACCAAACGUCUGCUGGGGCGUGCUCAGACGAGUGGCAGAGUAGAUGACAAUGAGGAGACAAUCAAACAGAGGCUGAAGACGUUCCAUGACAUCACAACCCCUGUCAUUAAUCACUACUCCGAGAGAAACAUGGUCCAGAAGGUCCCGGCGGAGGCGUCAGCAGAUGAGGUGUUCUUACAAGUCGAGAAGAUUUUCGAUUCAAUGUCGUUAGAUAAAGCGGGGAAAGAUUCGGUGAUGAAGGAUGCAAAGGUGUUGUUCGUCGUGGGCGGACCCGGAAGUGGAAAAGGCACGCAGUGUGUAAAGAUUGUAGAAAAGUUUGGUUUCUGCCAUCUGUCUUCUGGUGAUCUGCUCAGGGACGAGGUAGCUUCCGGUUCAGAGAGGGGAACGAAGCUUAAAGAUGUCAUGGCAAAGGGGGAGCUGGUGUCCAUGGAUGAUGUUUUACAACUGAUGUGUGACGCAAUGAAGAAGAAGAUACCGGAGACAAAGUGCUUUCUGAUUGACGGUUAUCCUCGGGACCUGGAACAGGGGACAAAAUUCGAAAAAGAGAUCGUGGCAUGUGUAGGGGUAUUAUAUUUCGAUGUAUCUGAUGAGACGAUGACGAAGCGACUGCUGAAGCGAGGAGAGACAAGCGGACGUGUUGAUGACAACGAGGAGACGAUUAAAAAGAGACUGGUGACCUUUCACAACCAGACCAAACCGGUCAUAGACUACUACUCACAACAAGACAAAGUCUGCAGGGUUCAUGCUGAAGGUUCAGAAGACGACAUUUUUGCGGAAGUAGAAAAAUACGUGAGCUCCCAGAAAUGGUGAACAUAACAAUGAACAUUAUUUCUUGCAAUUAAAUAGUGGGCUGAUUACUGCUUUACUGAAAACUAGCUUUAUACAGAGUCACGCAAGUGUUAUUCUGUGCAGAACAUUUAUAUAUAUAUUUUUUCUUUAUGUUUAAUAAAUACGUACGAUAUCCAAA